AUGGUAACUUUUGGUAAACUAUUUUUAUCAAAAAUUGUUUUAACUAGAUCUAAGAAAUGGAUUAUAAACCAAAUUAAAAAAAUUCUUCCCAUUAGUUUUAUUAAUUAUUAUUUUGUAGCGAAAAAUCUUUAAGUCCCACUAUAGUAAUCUUUCAUAUCGAUAUUAUCUGCAAAAUAAUUUGA